UUAUUUCAUUUUAAACGCACGAGGUGAGUUUUAAGAAGAGUUCCUGUGCUGCGUGGCUACGCCAUAUGUAGAUGAGUGUUGUAUGGGGCUAUCGGCCUUGCUUAUGAAUAUUACAAGUAGGGAUCACACAGGAGUGUGUAAAGUUUGUGCGGUGGUGUGGAGGGGAGGGCGCAUUAGAAUAAACUCAAGAUCAUUUUCCUGGGUGGCCUGAGUGCUUCAUUGUCCUGGUAAAGUUACAAUCCUGUAGGAAAAUCAGCUAUAUUUAUCAUUACAGAUAUUAAGAUGAGCGCAGACACGGCAGAGCACACGGAGGCUCCAGGUGAACAGACGGAGCGAAACGGAAUCGACUUCAGUCGCCAGAUAAAAACAGAGGACAUUCAUGACUCACCUCAUUCAGGCUCCACCGUGAAGACAUGCCACCUGACACAGAGCUCUCCAGUGCACGGAGGUCAGCUGACUGGGGAGCUCACAUCUCUCCACCCCAUGCAGCAGCUGGUUCUGAUGCCUCCUUCUCACCUGUCAUCUCCCUCCUCCUUCCUGCUCUCCCAGAGUCCCUCCAGUCACCAAGCCCUUCUGCAGCAGAACCUGCUGUCUCUUCCCAGCCAGAGUCCAACUAGUCUUCUUCAGCAUCAGCCUGGUCUGGCUCUGACUCCACAGAUUUCCCUCUGUGAUGUUUCUCUGAUCCAGGCUAUGGGUCGCUCGGGUCUGGCAGGGCCUUCCAUGGAGAACCACAUGGACAUGUCCCACCUGCAGAUGCCCAAACACAUGUCGGUGCCUCCACAGGAGGAACCUAACGAGCUGGAGGAUCUGGAGCAGUUUGCUAAAGCAUUCAAGCAAAGACGGAUCAAACUGGGUUUCACUCAGGGAGAUGUUGGCCUUGCAAUGGGAAAACUCUACGGGAAUGACUUCAGCCAGACCACAAUCUCUCGAUUUGAGGCCCUGAACCUGAGCUUCAAAAACAUGUGCAAACUCAAACCUCUGCUGGAGAAAUGGCUGAGCGAUGCCGAGAACUCACCUUCUGACACGAUGAGCAAUUCCAGCUCUCUGCCGACCCUGAUGGAGGGCUACGGGCGCAAACGGAAAAAGAGGACGAGCAUUGAAACCAACAUCAAAAUGACUCUGGAGAAACGUUUCCUGGAUAACCCUAAGCCCAACUCUGAGGAGAUAACCCUGAUCUCAGAGCAGCUGUCCAUGGAGAAGGAGGUGGUUCGAGUUUGGUUCUGUAAUCGUCGCCAGAAGGAGAAGAGGAUCUACUGCCCGACGGCGACUCUACCUGUCAAGUCUCACACCUACAACUCCAGGAUGGCAUCUGCAUCCAGGUCCUACAGCCCUCUGGCUUCAGGUGGAGUUUCUUCAAGUUCAUCCCCAAAUAGUAUGAGCCGUGAGGCAUCUCCCAACGGUCUGUCUGCAGCCUCCACCUCUCUAACCUCUCCAGUCAGUGCAGCUUCCUACAGCACACCAGGGUCAUGGUACCGCACAUGGAACCAUCCCACGUAUCACCACUGAGAAACUGUAUGACAUGAAGUUUUUGAAGGUAGUUUUCUUCUAGAAGGAUGCACACUGAAGAUGGAGUCGCUCAUUGUCCCGUAACACACAUGGUUACAGCUACAGGUGAAAGCUCACACGGACACAUGAGACAAAGAAGCGGGAGCAGCACAAGCAGAGGACUGCGUGCCACCACUCUUCUGUCAACACUCACUUCAUUGCUCAUGCAUGUCCCAACAGCCUUCAGCUGUUUGAUUUGUGUUCACGUGACUCUUUAUUCAGUUGCAAAUAUGAAGAACACACACACAAAUCACACACACACAAGCAUCCUAAACAAUGGAGGGAAACGUCCUGUCUGAGCCUGUAACUGCCACCACUCAAAAUAAUUUAUGUGAAUGUUGAAGGAGUCCAGAUUUACUCAGAUUGUGCAUCAACCUGUUUAUAAUGCCAUCUUUCUCCUCUCAUCUGUUGUUUUUUCAAAUGUUCAUAUUGUAUUUAGUGUUGAUUUUAGGGUGUUUUUAGGGAUUUUACAGGUUUCAUGUAUGUUUGUUAGUGCUGCAACUUGCUUCUUUUUAUUCAACACUGUACUCUCACUGUACCUGAAUAAGAUCUGGACAAGUCACAUGAAACGACUUUAUUUAAGUUAAAAAACACGUAUAAAAACGAACAGAAAUGCCAUGCCCUGUGCCAAGCUCAUUACAGAUGAAACUUAGAACCAUAAUUUGAAUUUCAUUGUGCCAUCUGGCUAUUAUCAAAGCUGUUAGUGUUAGACACUUUUAUGGAUAUUGAGUUUUAUGGCAGAUCUGGAGGUUUCUUCAAACCUUUUAGACCCUUCGCGGGCAACUCAGUGAAUCCUAGCAGUUAAUGUCAUUGGUGCGGCAUCUUUAAUUAUAGGAAUUAUAGACAAAACUAAAGAAAAAAAAAAGAUUUAAAGUGGGGAAAAAAGGAUUAUGAGACCGAUUUUGAUGAUAAAGUUGAAGCACUGGUGAUGGUAUUGCACUCUUUUUAUUACCUACAUCCUGAAAUAAUAACUGAUGGGGAGUUUUUGUGCCAUUUAACACUCAAGUUUUCCAGAGAAAUAAACAAAUCUCCUUUGUAUCAUAAUUCAUACGUAAAAGGCUCUUUAUAUUUCAGACAGAGUAGUUUGAAUAACGUGUGCCUGGAUCACACUGCUCUCCAUUGUGUCCUAUAGCUCUUCUCGAGAAUGCCUGCCUCUUUUGCGUGACUUUGCAGCUUUGACUGUUCUGCAGGUCGUUGCAGAGCACAGUGCGGGAGUUUCUCAGCUGCUAAACGCUGUUGGUUUAGGGCUAUAUUAAAAAGAUACUCAGCUAAUGGCUGAGAAACACCAUCAUUGUGUUUUGCAGAGACUCUUUAUUCAGUGUGGAGGCAACAGCGGGGACUACGUGCCCAAUCAGAUCUGCUUAGAGCUGGCUGAUCUCUGCAUUAAGCACAUGUCCAGUUUUAAAUGUCGUCUCUAUGCAUAACACACUACUUUAACAGCUGCAGUCUGAAUGUUUGAACUUGGUUACGACCUGUAAGAGUGUUUAUACUGACACUGUCUUGUCACUUUCUGUGUUUAGCUUAGCUGUCAUCUCCUGUUAUUGUCAAGUUAAAGAAAAUAAGUCCAACAAAUCACAUCAAAGUAGCAAAACUGCCUGCAAUGCGCCCUCUGACAUGAAACACAUCACAGGAACUACACACAAUGCUUAUUGCUGGUCUUUGUGGGAUUUGUUGACAGCUGUAAAAUAUCACCAGACCUUUUUUUUUGUUUUGUUUUUAGUUUGGAAGUGGAGCACUUAAGCAAGUGUUGACAGAGUUUCUCUUUAUUUUGUACUUUAUUUCCCGUAGCUUGCUCUGUCCUCAGUUCACUUGUGUUUGCCUCUCUGCAGUUUCUGUUUUGAGUGACCAUUGUAUAGUUUUUGUCCGGGGUUAAUGUUUUGCAGUGGGACCAAACUCCAACUUUAGCCAUAAAAUGAAAACAGCCACUAUAUUUACUGUAUGUUAUGUAAUGUUACGGCACAGUCAUGUUUUUACUGAUGUAACUGAAGCUACCACUGUAAAGGUGAAAAUGGAAACAGUGACGUGUGAUCCUCUGAGUCUCAGAGAAUCGUUUGUAUUUACCUCAUACUGAAUGUUUAUUAACAUUUAUUUACUUUCUUUCAAUAAAAAGAGGUUGAACUUC